AGACCGAGCGGACAUAUGCUCUCUCUCCCGUCUUGGAGGAGCUGAGAGGAGGCUGUGAGGUAAUGGUGCGCAGGAGGGGGUGUUGGUGGUGGCAGUGGUGGAGAGAGAGACGGGAUAUAGGACGGGCAUCACACAGAGGUUUGGCUGCAGACUCGCCGGGAUCCCUUUCGCCACCUCGCCCUCUCCAGAAGCAUCAGAGAGUUGUUUGACGUUGCAACAGAAAAAGAAGAAAGUGAGGACAACUGGGACAACGAGACACUUUCAGGUUUGGUGGCUACAUGUUCAGUGUUUUUUGGCUUUGAGAGAAACGACUCUACUAAGCAGCAGGAACCAUGGAUUUUGUAAUGAAGCAAGCUUUAGGUGGGGCCACUAAGGACAUGGGUAAGAUGCUCGGUGGGGAGGAGGAGAAGGAUCCGGAUGCAGCUAAGAAAGAAGAGGAGCGACAGGAGGCACUGCGGCAACAGGAGGAAGAGAGGAAGGCCAAACAUGCACGCAUGGAGGCAGAGAGGGAAAAAGUACGGCAGACCAUCAGGGACAAGUACGGCUUGAAAAAGAAGGAGGAAAAAGAGGCAGAGGAGAAAGCUGCCAUGGAGCAGGCCUGUGAGGGGUCACUGACACGCCCGAAGAAGGCAAUCCCGAGAGGCUGCGGAGACGACGAAGAGGAUGAGGAGAGCAUCCUUGACACUGUCCUCAAGUAUCUGCCUGGACCUUUACAAGACAUGUUAAAGAAGUAAAACAAAAAAACAAGGCAAAUCAAACGAACCCUAAAUUCAGGGUCCGUUCUGGCCUGGGCCGGGCUGCAGGGCAAUGGGGAAGCAGGGAUUUUUGUGUCGGGGACCUUGGGUGGAGAUUGUAUGUCAGGUGGGUUUGAUUGUAGAUGUUUGGGUUGUAAAAUUCGUAGAAAGCAAAACGGAUCUGGGAGGUGGGGGGAGGGGGUUCUCAAACAUUUAAAGGCUGCACACUGCCUUUGUAGAGACAUUUAAAUUUGUUCUUUUCUAUUCCACCAGUUGCAUUAUUUGGAUUAUGGUUUUGCUGCAUUAUCCUUUUAACUGCCAGGUAGAGCAUGUUUGUUCUUUUUCUUACUUUUAUUUUCUAUUGAUUUAGAUUAAAGAAUUUGUCACAUUCCUAUAAUGGAGGACAACAUUCCACGGUGCACACAUUUUUAAAGAGCACUGCCACCAUGUUUUCCAGCAAGCUUCAGUCAUCAUAGUGGGCGUUUUCUACUUUUACAAGCCUGAAGAAGGUCUAUAAAUGACAUUUACUACAUUAGACAAGUUUUUAGGACAUGUGCCUUCAUAUCAUCUCCUCUUGCAGUGAAGUCAUAAGUGAGGGUUUAAUUUUUUGAGUCACGUGUAGUUUAAUGACAGUUUUGCAAUGAUCUAUUUUGUGUUAAGAUGGGUCUAUUUUUCCCACUAAGUUGUUCAGGAAAUCCUAGAAGAGACCGUUUUGUGUUACAAAUAAAUUCCCAACAGCUUAUUAGACUGCCAUAACAUAAAGAAAAAGCUAAAUUCAACAUCUUAAUCAAGCUAAAGACUUGGAAAUUUGAUCAGGCAAUAUUAAGAUGUUCAAACAGAUCUUCCACAACCCUUUGAGUAAUUUUUUUAUGUCUUGUUUAACAGAUAAAAAGAACCAAAAACAAAGUUAUCAUGAUUUUAUCUGUCUGAUACACUUAGACAAUCAAACAGCUCACCACUGGGAAACUGGAGGUUAUCACAUCCUUACUCCUGUCACUGAUGUAAUGUAAAUGUAUCAGGCAAUGUCUGUGAGUACUGUUUAUUUUAUUUUGUUGCAAAAAUGUAUUUAGUGCAACCAAGAUUGUUAUUUUUUGAUGCUCACCUCGACUGAAGCUCAUCGACAUCAAGACCAAAGAAAUCCUGGUGAGAUCUCUCUGUUUCUUUCGUCGCCACGAGUUUGCGUCCAGCAGCUGAUUUCCUUACAAGCGUCAGGCUAGCUGGUGCAAAACCUUGCCGUACUUUGUAGAAAAACAAAAUUUAGGCCAAACCGGAGGGGAACGGGAGGGUGAGUUGUUGUAUCUCACUUGCUGAAGAGCUGAUAGUACUUCACAUUCCUGCAAAAUAUCUUAGUGAUUCGUCACAUUGUAUUUGAGUAGAUAUACUGUAAAUCAGCAACAGUCUCUAUUUAGUGACAGUACCUGAAUAUGUGGACAUUCAUGGGUAAAAAGAAGCAUGUUGGUCAUUCCUAAACAACCUGAUGGCGAGUCAGUGUUUAGUUAUGCAGCAGUGUGUGAUUAAUACAUUGUUCCACAAGUUUGUAACUUAGAAUAAAUUUAGAGAACUAUAGGACUGCUGAUAAAGCUGCACACUGUAAAACCUCUUUCUUUAUUUUAUUCAUUUUCUAGCUCAGAUAGGACUUUUCACUAGACAAAGCCAUAUUGUUUAGAUUGCAAUAAUUAAUUAACAUUAUAAACAACAGUAUAUUUCAACAUUAAAGCUGUCUGAUAUUUGUUUUCUGUUAUAAAAUUAGACAAAGGGUAUUUCCAUUUCUGUUUGUAAAUCUUCACCACUAAACUAACUUGUGUACUUGACGUAUACACAUGAAAAAAAAAAAUCCAUUGUUAGGGGUUGCUCUGUGUACAUGUGAUGUGUAAGUGUGUGUGUGUUUAUAUAUGUGUGUCUGUCUUUCUACAUGUCUGUGAUGUGAGACCUUGUUGUUGAUUCAUGUAGUCCUUGUUUAAACUGUAAAUGUGUCUUUGAGCUAUAAUGUGCACAGGAAGAAGCUGAUGAGGUCUCCUAGUUGUGCCAUGUCUGAGGAAAAAAAAGAUACUCAACACAUUCCUUUUAAAUAUUGAGCAUGCAAGUGUUUGAUAGACAAGAAUAGACCAAAUGUCAAACACAAAAAAAUAUGUCUUUAAUCUUGAGUUGCUGCUUCUGUAGGAGUCUCCAGGCAACAGAAACUGUGCAUUGGAUCCAGAAAAUCUGCUUUAUCUUGGGCUCAAAGAGUCUUUGAUGUACUUUCCUUCUUGACAGGCAUAUGCACAGAUGAAAAUAACCACAGUAGAAAUACUUAUUGCAAAAUGUUACAUACACUUCAAAAAAAUGCCUAAAAGCAACACUAUUACAGUCAAACUGUUUAGAGUUGCAUGAGGAAUGGACUUCCCCUUGGUUGAUCUUUUACUACCAGUUGUUGAAGACAAGCAGCUUUUUCUCUACAGUGACCUCUACUAAUUCAAAUUAGAACUGUAGUGAGAACCACGCACCUGACGUUUCUGUAUCAAUGGCAAAAUAUUUUAUCCAAAGACCACAACUAUCUCACAAAAGGACCUAGACAAAAGUAUAAUUAAGUCUCAAAGCACCAUUUCAUGGCUACUGUCUGGAAACAGUAGCCAACAUCCACACAAACUUUCUUCAAAUCUUGGAUGAUCUGGGUUCCUCUUCCAUGCCCCUAGAUCUUCCGUUCAUACCUUAGAUUUUCAAUUGGAUUCAAGUCUCUUGAUUGGCUGGACCAUUCUUCUGAAGUUUUCUUGGAUGUUUGAGAUCAUUAUUUCACUGAAAAACCAAGCCUUGUUUUAUUUUCAGAUUCUUAUCAAGAAGGUCCUGAUAUAUUUCUGCAUUCACCUUUCCUACAAACGUAUACAGUCCGUGUGUUGAAAGAAAUCCCCAUACUAUGAUGUUCCCAACUCCAAGCCCCCCCGCAGCUGCUUUGCUUGGAAAUCCUUAAGUAAACCUACAUAUCAAAGUUAGGAAAAAGAGAUUAUGAUGACCAUUUAUCAUUGGCCCUUUGUGGAAAAAACAGCCAUACAUCAUCUGUAUGUAAAUUAGUCUCUCAGCGGGACUCAUCACAAGGCGUUACAGCAUGUGAACUGCCUUUGAAAAGGGCUAUUACCACAUCAUGUAUAUGUGAGGUUAGUGUUGAUUUUGUGUUUCAUCUGUGCUCAUCCUGACCUCAUUCUGGUAUGCAAGAUAUAAAAAAAAAAAAAACAGAGUAGUGUUAAAGCAAGGUACUUUUCUUUUAUGGUUAGAAAAAAAAUAUGUUACAUGAAACAAGUGUGUUUUAAUAGGACAGAAGUAGAUUCAGGGAACUGAGAGAUAAAAGGUUCUGUGUAGGACAGGGAACGAAGCCCAGAUACAUCAACUCCCUACUGACAUUCCUCUGAAACAUCCACAAUACUGAUGUGAUUAUUUGGAUGGAAAAGUAGAACCAGAAAGACUGGAUUGUCAACACAUGUUCUGUUGUCAGGAGCCCCAAAAACGAAUAUUUAAAAACCGCAGUUAAUCUUCAACUAGUCAACUAGUCAUCAAGCAACUAAGUUGGAGAGCAUUUUGUAGAAUGAAAACAAAUCUCCAAAUAGGUUGGGCUUUUAUAGAAGAUGUCACAACAUUUGUCUUAUUUCUAACAUUUUGAUAUAAACUUACUGCCCUGCUGAAUCCUGCAAGUAAAUGAUGAAAGUGCUCAGUAAUCACCAUGUUUACUCUCCCAGUAAAGAAAGGAGACAUUCUGAUGAACUCUUGAGCUAAUCUGAACACAUUCCAGUCUUUGUUGGCAUUUGCACUAGAAUAUGUCAUAAUUGUUACACUGAUGACUUUUUUGGCAUCUUCAAACCACUCUUGUACUAUUGCCAUCUGCAAAUGAUGAAGUUGAAAAGCAGAGCAAGUGAGCAGUUUUUUUUUUAGAAUUUUUCACAGGCAAUAUGUGCUGGAUUUAAAAUAUUUAAACAUAAUCCCCUGAAUGUAGUUGCUUUGGACUUUCCUUUUCUCUUUUUGUUUUUCAUUCAGGGUGAAAACCAUGCCAUGGUGAAGAGAUUAAGAAUGUAAAAUAAGAGUAUACUGUGUUUUUCUUAAAUGCAUGUCAUGUACUCAAUGUGGAGCCCAAUCACUGUAAACUGCAUCAUUAAUGUAACUGAAUCAUUCUUUUUGGAAACUAAAUGCAUUAAACAAAUAAAAAGCAAGAAGGUUUAUAAAAAUC